AAUUAUUUUCAUUAACAUUGUACUUGUAAUAUUUGACAAUGUGUGUAUAGCACAUUGGCUUCUUUCUUACAUAUGCGCGAGCUGCCGUUGGUUAUCAACCGCCUUAUCGGUGGAUCGCCAAAGCUUCACGCAGCAAAGAGGACCUCGCUUCUCUUCCUUGCACAACAACCGCAGCUCUACAAUCCCGGUAGCGACGCAUUGAUAUACAUACUAAAUUAUAGCAAUCGAGAGCACCAUGCCUCGAUAAACCCAUCAAAAGACCUCUCCGUACAGACACAAUGUUUUCCCGCUGCACAGCGCAACGUGCGCAUCUCCUCCUCCGACAAACCCAACGCUGUCAUCGUGCGGCCACGAAACCUCUAUCCACCAUUGCGGCAUCUCAUACCAGUAACAAGAUCCAAGUCUACCUCUCCAACUCCUCCGACCCUCUGCUCAACCUCUCUGUCGAGCACCACCUGUUGCAGUCGACACCGCCCGGCUCCACGAUCCUUCUCCUAUACAUCAACUCGCCGUGCGUUGUCUUUGGCCGUAACCAGAACCCAUGGAUUGAAGCCAAUCUUUCACAACUUGCCAAGCUAGCCGAUUCAGACUGCCCCGUGCAGCUCGUCCGUCGACGCUCAGGAGGCGGCACUGUCUUCCAUGACGAAGGCAACGUCAACUUUAGCGUCAUCUGCCCACCAGCAGACUUUGACCGUGACAAGCAUGCGGAAAUGGUAGUCCGGGCGUUGAAUUCAUUAGGCCGACCUAAUAUUCGUGUCAAUGCACGUCAUGAUAUUGUCAUGGAUGUGGACAAGUCUUCUCCAGAUAACGCCCCCGGCAACGACACGUUCAAGAUCUCGGGAUCCGCGUACAAGCUUACCCGUCUGCGGUCGCUCCAUCAUGGCACAUGUCUAUUGUCAAGCCCUAACCUUGGAAGCAUAUCGGGCAUGUUACGUUCGCCUGCUGAAGGGUUGAUCAAGACGCGCGGGGUGGACAGCGUCCGAAGCCCGGUGCGCAACGUCAAGGUUGAUAGUGAGGCAUUCAAGGAUGCUGUCGUGGCCGAGUUUCGUAAAAUGUACGGAGAAUUUGACAUUAUGGAUGAGAUUAACGAUGAUGCUUCGCUAGAAGUGGAAAAGGUACGGGAGGGCUAUAGGGAGCUUCAGUCGCGCGACUGGCUGUUUGGACAGACUCCCCGAUUUACAUUUUGCACGCAUUCUACUGCCGAAGACCCGCGACUACGAAGCGGUAUCCCUUUCCAGACCCAUGUUCGGUUCGAAUCGAGACAGGGAGUUAUUGAGCAGUUCAACAUUGGCCACAACGAAGGUGACGCUCGACCAGUAGAUGGGCUAACUGGCACUAUCAUUCAUGACGUUCAAGACUGGACAAAUCUUCUGCGAGACGCUGGUGUGAAACUUGAUAAUAUACAAGAUGUUGGUGCUUGGAUGAACCACGUCUUAGGCACGACGUUUACGAGCCAAGUUUUUCCAGAGCGCAUCUAGUAGCUCAUAAAGAUCAAAUACUUGUAACUAUAGGUGUAAAUAUUAUGAGAAACUUGUACAAUAGCUUCAAAAAGCUUGCCAUCUAUUCUUCAGUGGACGAAAACCAGAUCCAGAUUCAGACAGAACGCGCCACGCAUGGUUCUGCCUUGGCUUUUGGCACACUAUGCAAAGCUAAUGCAAGCCAAGAUCAUGGAUGGCAUUGUUACACCUAUGAAAUCAAAUGUGUAACAAGCUUUUAGGGCCAGAUAGCUGUAUACGGCGGAAAUAACCCCAACUGUGCUGGUAGCAGCGGCGAAGAGGGUGUCGCCAGUGCAGUAGUGUGGUGGUCAUGAGAACCAUGAAUACGGCAAGUUCCCGCAGGUCGCCCAUGAACGCGUACGCACUUGGGAUGAGCAUUUUCCCUGAUAACAGCACCACCACCAGUUCGUUUCGAGUCAUCUGCGCACCCGCUUUAUUGGCUCACGUCGGAUUAUUGUCGAUGCGCUUGAGUGCCGGUGGCGUGAUGCAACUGUGCAGGAGCUGCACGACACAGCGGACGGGAGCCAACUAGCGCAGUUGAACUCGCAGGGGUACGACAACGGCUGCGAACCAUUCAGGCGAGGUGUAACCUUUCAGACUGGCGCUGCGCCUUAUGUUCAGCAAGGCAGGCCAUUCAGUCGUGUAAACCGAGAUACCUAGCACGGCGCCGCGCCACUACAAAAUCAAAGAAGGAUGACGGGCUUGCGUAUUCACAUCGGCUGUGCUGC